AGCUAAGAAGUCAAAUUAUUUCAUCAAAGAGCCACUCUUGACAUUAAUGCUUGAACAGAAGAUCUGAACAGAACUUUUUAUUUUCAAGUUCUUCAACUCUCAAGACAACGCCGGGAAAGUAUAAUGCCAGGGUCAGCUGAUCUGAGGAUUGUCCUGUUGGGUCAGACAGGAGCUGGGAAGAGCAGCACAGGCAACACCAUUCUGGGAAAGAAUGUGUUCAAGGCUUCACAUCCUGCAAAGUCUGAAACAUUCAGAUGUGAGGCUGAAAAAGCGACUGUUGAUGGGAGGAAAAUCACUGUGAUCGACACACCAGGGUUGUGUUCAACUGAGUGCACUGAGGAAGAACUAAAACCUGAAAUAGUCAAGUGCAUCACAGAGUGUGCUCCUGGACCUCAUGCCUUUGUCAUAGUGCUGUCUGUGAGGAGUCAGACAGAGGAGAAGAAUAAAGCGGUGGAUGACAUUCUGAAAAUGUUUGGGGAGGAGGCCCUGAAGUACGCUGUUGUCCUGUUUACCUACGGAGACCAGCUUGACGACGACAUGACCAUCCGCGAGUUAGUGGAUGAAAAUGACCACUUGAAAGAUCUUGUCCAAAAGUGUGGAAACCGGUUUCAUGUCAUCGAUAACAAAUACUGGAAGAAUCCCGCUGCUGGCCAUGAUGUCAGAAGCAACGCCGCUCAAAUCAAAAAGCUGCUGAACACGAUUGAUCAGAUGGUGAAAGAGAACGGAGGAAAGCACUAUACUAAUGAGAUACUCCAAGCUGUGGAACAAGCCAUAGAAGAGGAAAUGGCAAAGGGAAAAACCAGAGAAGAGGCCAAACAGAGCAUAUGGCGACGGUUCUUAAACCUGCUAGUAGGCGGAACAGUAGGGUCUCUGUGUGGUGCAUUGCCGGGUCUUGUAGGAUAUGGAGCUCAUUUUGUGCAACUUAUAGCACAAACAAUUGGACAACCUCUCACUGCAGCAAUCAACAUGCUGACCCAAGCAGCAGUAGAAACCACAGUACAGGCUGUAACAGCAUCACAGGUAGGGGUGGAAGCGGUAGAUGUAGCUGGGAUGGAAGCGGAGACCAUGAGUGAACCCGCCAAGAGAGCGGCAGCUGCUGUUAAAGACAGAGCAGGAGCUACAGCAAAAUACAUUGGAAACAAAAUAGCCAAUGCUACAUGGGGAAAAAAGUGUACAUAAAUUUGAACAAUUCUCAUUUCCAAUGUUGCAGUGCUGUUCAUUACAGAAAAUGGCCAGGAUUCAAUCAACAUUUGUUCUCAACUAAAGAUUUAAAAAAUGCGUCUCUGUUCAAACAACAAAAUGAACUGUAUGCGUGUAAUCUUUCACACGAUUGUGCUCCUUGAUAUGGUCUAAUUGUAUUUGAUUCUCUAAAAGUCAGUUUUCUUUUGCUGAACUAAAAGAGUAACAAGGACAUCAUGUAAGUGGUGAUUAAAAUCAUAAAGUUGUCUGUAUUGUGAUCUUUGGAUAUUCUGUAGAAUGCUGUGACUGUUUUGUAAUGAUUUAUUAGUAAUCGAUCUGUUAGUUUCUGUUUUGUUUCUGCAGAGUGGUGAAGGCCCUAGCCAUCACCUCUAUUCUUCUGAUACAAAAUAUAUGAUGGUACAGUAAAAUACUCCAGCUAUUUUGAUAUUUCCUCCGAGUGGGGCUUGUUUACACAUUUAUUGAACUAUGUAAUAAAUGUAUCUCUUAAUGUGUUGGGAAAUUAAAUAAAACAUGUUUUAUUGUGCACAAGAAAUUACUGUUGGUUCAUUAUCCCUUUCAUACCCCCUUUCUACUUUCCAUGUAAUCUUCUAAAGAUCUUUGGUCAACUUUCGGGAAGAAAAAAUACAUACAAAGCUGUGCAUCGAGAGCCAGGCCCAGCGCACAGACUGACAGAUAAAGAUGGAGUUUGAGAAACUUCAGCAGUUCCUGAAAGAUGAAGAGGCAGCCAGGAUCACUGCACUGAGGGAGGAAGAGGAGCAGAAGAGUCAGAUGAUGAAGAAGAAGAUUGAGAAGAUGACAGAAGAGAUAUCAUCCCUUUCAGAACUAAUCAGAGCCAUAGAACAGG